UGGCGGUCGGGGUGCGCGCUCAGCUCACAGACUUUUGCGCUUCUGAGGGAAAGAGACGAACAGAAGAGCCGGGCGCUGUUUUAACUGAAUGAGCUGGAAACUACUGACACAUACGACAUCUGUGAAUUUAAGCUUUUUUCAACACUUUGCCGUGGAAGUAAUCGCGUCUGUUGUGGAUUUUACUCAUCUGAGAUCAUGAAUUAAGUGCUGCGUUGAUUUCGAACCUGCUGGGAUCGCUGCAAUUUAAAGACAUCUGUUGGAGCACCGGGUCUCUUCUGCGCUUCUGAUAUGGGAUUUUAACUUAUACCGCGCGCACGCACCGUCUCUUUCGGAGUCAGUUCGCCUGGUUUUAGAUUUGCGCUCUUCCAGAAAUGGUGGGCCACUUACAUUUGCAAGCUAUGGAUGAGAGUCUGAAAGGAAAGAACCGGGAGGGACUGCUCGAUAGUCCAGAUUCCGGACUCCCUCCGAGCCCCAGCCCGCCCUUCUACUCUCUGUCGCCGGGGAUCAUUGAGUCUCGCUCUGGGAGCUGUUCGACGCCAAACGAGCUGCAGGGAUACAACAGAAAGGAGAGCCGUGAGGGCAAACUGUUGCCGUACUUGCUGCUGAAUUCGCAAGGUCAAGAUGCUAAAUCGCGCAUGUACCCUGUGGUCUAUGGAGAGAGCAUUGAGGUCAACCCCAAACCAGAAAAAGAGAUCAAGUUUAACUCGGCAGUGAAGUACGCUUCAGACACACAUUUUCGUGACCAGGUGUACUGCGCCCAAGUCCCGACCGCCACGUCCUUCAGCGAGACAGUUGUGGCAGUUCAGAACUGCACGUGGCGCAGCUACAAGACAGAGGUUCACUUCGAGCCACGGCACAGGCCGAUACACUUCCAAAGCACAGCCAUCGUGUUCCCAAAGCACGCUCGGAAUACAUACCGCACCACGCUAAACUACAACGGCAACAAAAACGGAGCCGGACGGCGAAGGUUCGUGUCCACGGUCAGGCUGGAAUCCAUGGAGGACGCCAGUCCUUGUAUCAUUUACACAGAAUACCUCUGAGACCUCAGAGAGUUGUUAUCUUUCCAAAAAUCCAAAAACUCCCGUUGCCUAGAGCUACAGUGAAAGUGCUUGGACUUCUGUUACCAAACCCCUGAUAAAAAAUGAAUGGCUAGAGACUUCAAAGGUAGAAAGAUGAAAAGAAAGUCUUUCAUUUUGUCCGUUUGCAAUCGGUCAGGUUGGUACUUGACAGUGGAAGUGAGGUGAAGCUGUCUGUGUGCAGCUUUUGCAGUAUAUUUGUGUGUUUUGUGUCAUUGGUGUAUUUUUGUAUAUUUUAGUUUUUUUAUUUUAAUAUCCAGUCAUACCAGACAUGUGGGAAGAGCAGAUGGCGUGAUGUUUGUUUAUUCACAAGCCUCCACCGAUUCUGCAGAAUUCAACCAAAUGUCAUUUCCAACAUUCUACACAUCCCUCAUCAUUUGCACAUUUUAAAUUACAUGAAAUUUUCAAACAUCUUGUAUGUAUGAGGUACUGAAAUUUGGAAUUUGCUAAAUUCCAGUAAAUUUCUUUUUAAGACAAACCUUAUUUUUGGCUAAUUUUGUAAGGUAAAAAUAAAAAUGCAGUUCAGAUUCUAUGUGGGCUUUAGUAGUGCUCAAUGCGAGAGCCAGCACAAAGUAAAUUGUGAAACUCUAAAAUUUCAGAGAACUUGCUAAGAAAAUACUAAUUGUGUAUGAGUUGCACUUACAGUUUUUUUCCUAUAAAUGUCUUGGUUUGAAUAAUAGCAAUUAAAUGAGUAGGAGCACUUGAAAGGUUGGACCAAAGAUUCUUUCAAAUGAAAAGAAAGGGAAAAGCAACCUUAAAUAUUUCCCCCUUUCUGUUUGUACCUCAGAACAUGUGGAAUAAUUAUUGCACAAGAAUUUUAGAAACCGCCCAAGACUCUAUUAUAAUUUAAAGCUGCAAUCCGUAACUUUUGCUUUAAAGGUCCAGUCUAUGAAAUUUUGCGGCAUCUAGUGGUGAGGUUGUGAAUUGCAACCAACGGCUCACUCCACAGAACUAGACACAGAACUAAGAUGUCGUCAUGUUUUCGCUUCUUUGCUGAAGGAGAUAACGUAUUUACUAAUCGCACUCUGUAGAGCAGUUUGUCCGUUUAGGGCUACUGUAAAAACAACAUGGUGAAUUGUAAGGGGACCCACGAUGUAUGCAGAUAGAAAUAUCUCAUUCUAAGGUUAUAAAAACAUAACGCUUCAUUAUGUAAGGUCUUUAUACACUCUGAAGACAUAGUUAUGUAUAUUAUAUUGCGUUUCUGUCAAUAGAUCCUCCAAAAAUUGCACACCUUUAAAUCACCAUCACAGUUUAUAACAUAAAAUUGCAGGUUACUUUACAUACAAAUCUUUACAUAUGAGGAAGCCGACCUGAAAUGUCCCACAAAAUUGUACUCAACAGCUCAACAUAUAAAUCAUUUUUAUAAACCUACCAUUGUGAAUCAGAGGGCAGUCUUUAAGCCUGAUUUACAUACUUGCGCAGUAACAGAUUAUUGUUCAUUUUUAACCAAAAAAAGUUACGAAUUGCAGCUUUGACGGUCAAAAAUGAUCUGCGCUCACAAAGCUGGUUAAAGAAUGACAAGAAAUGCUAGAAAGUAUACAGGAAGUUGCAGGUGAAAAGGCAACAGAUCAAUUAAGCAUGUAUUCAAUAGGACGAUUCAGGACAUUUUGGAAUUGAAAUGCCAGAUGCUGGUUUUGUGAGAGAUUUUAUCACGCCGCCAUUAACAAUCUGAAAAGUUCAUCUGGAGGAGGCAAAGUUCUUUUACCUCUUGACAUUAUCAUCAUCUAAAGCAGUGUCCAAUCAUCUGAUAAACUUUCAGAUUGUAUAGUUGGAUACCCUUUGGUUUCGUAAGUAAUGAGUAAUUUGUCCUUUUUUGGAGCCUUUUUUUGUCCUUGAUUUCCAACGGGAACUCUUGUGACCUCCAGCAAACCCAUUUCCUCUCUAAUGUGUUAUACACGAAUGCUUUCGUACAGCAGGGAGGGAACACAUUCUGUUCUGUCAUGGUUUCUUCUUUUUGAAAGCUAAAAAGAUAAAAUGCACCAACUUUUUCAAAGAGGUAUUUUGAGUAAGCAGUCAAGCGUUGUGGACGUGUUAGUACUUUAUUUCUGUCUUAUGGACUAUAAAUUGAAUUCUGUAAAAGCUGUACAUUUUGAUCUCUUACCUCAUUUAAAAAAAUCUUUGUUUUGACUUUUAAGAUAUUUGUAAUCGUAUAUGCUGGGGAAAUUUCUGGUGACUGGGACUGGAAAAAAUGGAAAAGUAUGUAAUGGCACAUGCAUGUGAGUUCGGAGAGGAAAUGCCAGUUGAAACGAAAGGACACAGUUACUGUACAUUAUAUAUUAUAUUACAGAUAUAUUCCACAGAACGAUACAAAUAAUACAAGGUAAUAACUAACAAAUCCAUUGUAUUUCAUAACAGAUUACCAGACAUCAGAUAAACUCCCUGUGUUGAGAUGGAUAAUCUGAGAAAUGAGGGCAAAUGAAAAAUUGUGAUUAGAGGAAUUUUAGAAAUGUCUUGAAAGCCAUGGAAUGUUAUUAAAGUGGAGCUGAGGUGAGAUUUUAUUUUUUACACGUAUGGACUUCUGUGAUUAGCCUACCUUUGUUUGGUGUAAACAGAUUUUUUUCUUUAACGUGAUGAUAUGCAUUUAUGUAAACUAUUAAUUCUCUUUAUAUUUUUGUAUGAUUCCCAAGUUAAUUGUCGUCUUUGAACAGAUAAGAAAAUAAUUUAAGAAAAAUGUAUAUCCAAACUAAUUAAAUAAAAGCCCCAAACCCUAAAAUGGCUGUACAGUUUUGCUUUUAAUAAAGUACAAAAUUUUGAUGAAAUGUACUGGUGAUGAUCUGCUAGUUAUUAGCUGUCGCUUUUCGUGUACAUUGUUACAUGUACAGCAAUUUCCAACAAGGUCAAAUAUUUUCCAGCUUGAUUAAUAACUGUUCCACAAUUAUACUAUCAUAAAAUCCUGGUGAUCUUAAAACAUCUCUCUGGACGGCAACUUCGUGUGCAAUAACACACUGUGAGAUUAUUCAUCUUUAAGGUUUCACAUUAAUCAAUCCAUUCAAAGCCACAUUUAGGCUAUAAUACAUUUAAGGGUUUUAAACAUUACCACGAAGCGAUGAUGCAGGUGAUUAUUAUGAGGUGCUACAUUCCACAAAGCAUUUUUUCUAACAAUACUGUAUGUGUAACAUCACAGUACCAUACCAAAUAUAGACAAGUUCACUGAUGUGAAGUUUGUACAAAAUUUAUAGAAUUGCAACAGGUCCAAAAUUAAUGCUCACUAUUGCCAAAUGCGAAAAGUUUGCUACAAUAGAUAGUUUGGUGGAUUGGGUUACUGUCUUAUGAGAACAUUAGUCUGAUGUAUGUGAUUGUUUUCUUUUAGUGAAAAAUGCACUGUUUGUAUAGGAUCAGACAUGCAUAAUGCAUAAAGAUAUUUUUCUUCAUAACUCCAUGUG